UUUUAAUUUAGAGAGUUUUUUUAGAAAUUAAGUUUUUCGACGAUUUCCUUUCUUUUUAAAUAAAAAUGGACUACGCUUUAUUUAAUCUCAGUUCUCCAAGUCCAUUUCUCCAAGUCCAUUUCUCCGUGUCCAUUUCUCCGUGUCCAUUUCUCCGUGUCCAUUUCUCCAAGUCUAUUUUUCCAAGUCUAUUUUUCCAAGUCCAUUUCUCCGUGUCCAUUUCUCCGUGUCCAUUUCUCCGUGUCCAUUUCUCCGUGUCCAUUUCUCCAAGUCCAUUUCUCCGUGUCCAUUUCUCCAAGUCUAUUUUUCCAAGUCUAUUUUUCCAAGUCCAUUUCUCCGUGUCCAUUUCUCCAAGUCCAUUUCUCCGUGUCCAUUUCUCCGUGUCCAUUUCUCCAAGUCUAUUUUUCCAAGUCUAUUUUUCCAAGUCCAUUUCUCCGUGUCCAUUUCUCCAAGUCUAUUUUUCCAAGUCCAUUUCUCCGUGUCCAUUUCUCCAAGUCUAUUUUUCCAAGUCUAUUUUUCCAAGUCCAUUUCUCCAAGUCCAUUUCUCCAAGUCCAUUUCUCCGUGUCCAUUUCUCCGUGUCCAUUUCUCCAAGUCUAUUUUUCCAAGUCUAUUUUUCCAAGUCCAUUUCUCCGUGUCCAUUUCUCCAAGUCCAUUUCUCCAAGUCCAUUUCUCCAAGUCCAUUUCUCCAAGUCCAUUUCUCCGUGUCCAUUUCUCCGUGUCCAUUUCUCCAAGUCCAUUUCUCCGUGUCCAUUUCUCCAAGUCUAUUUUUCCAAGUCUAUUUUUCCAAGUCCAUUUCUCCGUGUCCAUUUCUCCGUGUCCAUUUCUCCGUGUCCAUUUUUCCGUGUCCAUUUCUCCAAGUCUAUUUUUCCAAGUCCAUUUCUCCAAGUCCAUUUCUCCAAGUCCAUUUUUCCAAGUUGUUGAUAAGAUAAAGAUAACAAAAGAAUAAGACAGAAUAAAUCUGUAUAAAACUUUUAUUAUCAAUAAAAAUAAAAAUAAAAAAACUGAAUUUCUAAAAGAUGAGUGCAAAAUGGAUCCUCAUUUAUAUCUUGUGGGG